CCGUUCUAUGUUACACCGGCACCACCUGUCAUGCGAUUAAAACUCGACCAAAGUCAAUGAGAUCAAAAAAUCAAACGAUAUUAAUGCGAAAAUAACGAUACGCACUUUAGGAGAGUGCACGAAAGCCGAAAUGAUUUGUCGGAAAUAUUUUGAUAUUAACCUGGUAUUUGCAGGAAUAUUUGGAUUCCUGAUUGCUUCUCGUCGUUGUGAGGAUGCCGUUGUAACACACGAAGCCGCCCUAGAAAUGACUGUAGGCCAGCGACCAGUAGGACGGAUAGUUAUUGGUCUGUUUGGACAAGUUGUACCAAGAACUGUUACCAAUUUUGUCGCCUUGGCAAAUCAUGAGUAUGGCUUUGGCUAUCGCGGAAGCACGUUCCAUAGAGUGAUCAAAGACUUCAUGAUUCAAGGUGGAGAUAUCACAAAUAACGACGGAACAGGAGGAAAAAGCAUUUAUGGAGCGCAUUUUCCAGACGAGAAUUUCAAAUUGCAACAUUACGGCCCGGGCUGGGUCUGCAUGGCCAAUGCUGGACCGGACACAAACGAUUCUCAGUUCUACAUUACAACAGCUAAAACAGACUGGCUUAAUGGCCAUCACGUAUGUUUUGGAAAGGUCCUACAAGGAAUGAAUGUAGUUGAUACUAUUCAAAACCUACCCAAAGACAGCAACGACAAGCCAUUCGAAAAAGUGACAAUAGUAGAUUCCAAGGCGUCUCAAGUUCAGCCUUACCCAACGCCCUUAGAAGGAGUUCCUAUGGCAGGUGUCAGCACAGCCUUUGGUGGAAACCCAGCCUCGUUCUCGCCUGAAUCAGAUUAUUCAAUGGAGAAUACCCAAGAUAGCCCCCAACAGCAAAUGUCAGCUAACUUUUUGCAAGAGAGGAAUCCAGCCGAUUUCGAGCAAGAAUCAAACUACCCUGAGGAAAGUACAAGAGGAUUUAGUCAAUUUAGCCAUGAAGAUGGACCUAAUGAGCCAUCAGAUUUCCAAGACAUGAGAGGUGCCCCAUAUCAAAAUGAAAUUCAGCGGAACAGCAACGGCUUCGAAGAUAACGUAGGCAUGAAUGAAAAUUAUUAGUACUAAAUUCAUCAACAAUUGAGAUUGACAAUGUUUUUAUAGGCUUUAAGUACAUUACAUAAAUUUCUUUGUUCUUUAAAGAGUUUUAGUUUUAAAUUCCGUCUCGAUUAGUUUCUCCGUUUCAACCUUUAAAAACAUAACAAUCAAUGCUGAAAUUUGUUCCUUGUCCGAAAGAGUUGAAAGGUGGAGUUACAGAAGAACCCAAUUUAGGCGAGCAUAAAUUGUCCGAAACUUUGGCCAUUUUGCGUGGUUGUUUUUGGAAAUUUUCUUUUCGACGCUAAUUUUAUGUUUAAUUUUUUAAAAAGUAUAAAUUAAGCGUUGUUUAACCGAUAUAUGUAACUACUUAUAGCAUCUAUUUCUCUUUCAAAUGUAGUUUCUGUUCAAAAUCCUUGUUGUUUUUCAGAAAAUAUUCUGUAUUCCACUAGUUUUCAACGAGAGUGUGUUAUAAAGGGGCAAAAUGUUAUGAAGCCAAAAUGCGAAGAAGUUUGAAUUGCCGUACUUGCCGCCAAAAUGUCAGUUUAUGCCAUUUGCCGCCAUAAAAAGUAAAUGCCGCUUUGAAUGAUCAUAAAAUCAGUUUCAUCAAAUAUCCCUUAAUCUUGUGUCUCACCCGCUUAUUUGCUAUUUUCAGUUUUUCAAAACGUAUUAUCUUGUACCUGUAAUCUUCUAUAUAUAUAUACUUCUUUUCUACUAUAUAUAUGUCAGUGAUGGCGCGUACCAUCAAGAUUUUAAGCAAUCCUAUGUUACAAGCCCGAUAAAAACCACCCAAAAAACUGCCCGAAAAAUCCCCUUUAAAAAUUUAAUGACCCUGUGAUUUUCAUUUUCCUGCGUCCCUUGCAAACUAAGGCUGAUAUUUUUUUACCCCCAGUCGCCUCUUAAGUUUCCCCUUCGAAAGUGUUGUUUUCUAUUUCUGUGUGUUUCUAUAAAUAAAAGUAUGGAUCGUUAAUUUGCCCUUCGACCCCGUACUUCCCAGCCUGCGUCGGGCCCCUAAAUUUUGCUUAUCUCCAAAGCCACUUAUUAAUGGUAAUCUUAAGGAGAUGUAUGCAGAGUUGCUGGGGGUUUUAGGUGGCCCUGGGGCAAAACAGAAAGACGAGGCCCCCUGCGAAAGGAGCGAACGAACAAUUUUUUGCAAUUUGGCCCUUCAGAUUAAUUUAAAACGCAUUUCAGAGUAAACUUUGCAGUCAUUGCGAUCAUUUCAAAUAUUUUACCAUUUUUUAAUUAUACUUAAGGUACGUUUGAUUAAUUCCAGUCCUAAAAAGAUGUAUGAGGCCCCUAGACCUUCAGGCCCUGGAGCAAUUUACUCCUUGCCCACCCCCUCUAGUUGUUCCUGGAGGAAUGCAGGGGAAAGGUAUGCUGGGAAGCGUAAAAGGUAAUUAUCCCUUUUUGCCAAAACAUUGUACACCAAAUUAUUUUUCUACAAAUGGAUAAAAUCCAUUGGUUGGAGUAGUGCCAAAUUUAGUAAUUCCCCAAGGCGCAUUGCGGGGCGUCACGUGACGUUUCGGCCUUCUAAUAACCAAACAGUUACAUUGUUCUGGUUGAUAAGAAUAACAGAGCUCUUGGGAACCAAUUAUUCUGUUUCUUAAAUUUCACACAGUACCGCAUUUACCCAUGGGCCCGUUGAGUCCCAUAAGACAUAGAUGUCCAGAGAUAGAUCAUCAACACGUGCAAGCAGAAAUAGUGAUUACAUAACACAUUUGUGAGCUUUAAAAAGCACAUUUACGUGGUCCAAUUUGUUUCACACAUAAAGUGAGCGCGCUAAGUGAGUAUGCAAUAACAAAACAUGUAUGGUCUAAAUUGUUUCACACAUACUGUGAGUGCGCAAAGCAAGUGUGCAGUAAUAAGGUCCGUGAGUACCGCGAGAAGAACUACAAUGCCUGCCAAAAGUACUUGGAGCAACCCCCCUCCCCCUCCCCCUUGAAAUUCGUUGCGUGGGCCCUGGCAUAGCUGCGAUAGAAUGUAGAAAUUACUCGAGCACCUUCUUAGUUCCUUUUGGAAUCAAAAGCUGUAUUAAAACUUUCCCCAAAGAUGAUUUGAGAUGAUUUAUGAGCUCUUCCAAGUUUCCUAGACCCGCCAUUGAACAAUGAUCAAACAACAAAACCACGCUUUGCUACUGUACACCUACUUUGCGCCCUCGUAGUAGAUGUGAAACAAAUUGGACCAUAUGAAUAUGCCUUUGAGAAUUCAUAGAUGUGAGUAAAAAUGAAAGUGUCCCGGAAACAUGUCCUUAGUAUCCUUUCAAAUGCCAUCAAAAUUACUGUGACAGGACUUGGGAAGCUGCAAAUUUUACCUGCAUAAAAUAUAUCCUUUGCAUUCAGUGGCAGUGCUAGAUGGGAUAAUUGGGUGUAAUGAAAUGGCGUGACUUAGGCCAGCCAAUCAGUAAUGUACAAUCUUAUGAUAUUUGACUAGUAUCCCACAUUGUUUGGGGAAUAUAUCUUGGCGUAUAUUUUCGGCAGCCAAUAAGGAAACUUAGCCAUUUGGUAGAGAUAAUUCAGAAAUGACUAUCUUGAUUAAAAUUACAUUUACGGAUAUUGAUAAAACAUAUUUUGUCUCUUACUAUAUCUGAAGCUAUACCUAAAUUAUGCUCUUCACUAAAAUUGCUAUACAACAACGAUUGCUACCAGGGUGUUUUACUGAGGGAAGCUGAGCCCCAUGCCCCCUAGAUGCUUCCAAAAAGAUAAAGACCUUUAGUAAACUUUACUACACUGCUAACAAUAUUUUUGUGACUGCUCAGGGGUCUUACAACCAGGGCCUCCGACGAAAGGAAUGCCCCCCCAAUCUUUUGCAAAACAAUAGAACUUUUUUAAAAUUAUUUUGUUAUGAUGGCUGAAAUCUCCCUUGCCCCCCCCCACUUUCUAACCUGCGUCAGAGCCCAUGUACAACAGCACUCCAACCCUGGCUGCUAUCAGCUUGUUGCAAGGGCUGGGGCAUCAAGGGGGCUAAGGGGCUUGUGCCUACCCCCUGCAAAUUUUCAAACAAACACUCUAAUUUUCAAAUAUUAAAUUUGGGAACCUAUUUGUUUUAUAAAUCGAAAGCCCCCCCCCCCCCCCCCCCC